GGUUCAACCCGGUCCUUGCUCUAUGGUUCAACAACCCCGGUAAACAAUAAUCACGGCAAUUGUGAAGGGAAUACCAGCAUUUUUAGGAGUUCCUUAAUUAUUGAUGGGGUUGAGAUGGGGGCUCACGGCUCCCCUCCCGUCCAUACCUCCUCCUGGGUAGCGCCAUCGGCGAGGACAGCGAAGGGAGAGCGACGCCGAUUACUGGGAGUCCAGCAAGUCACGGUGGUCACACAGCCCCCGGUGGUCAUUCUCAUGCCCCGCACGGUGUAUACACGCCACCAGUCCCCUUAAUCCCGAGUAUUAUUCCAUUUGUAGCAGUUUGCACAAUAAUGCGAAAUGCUACACCGCGGAUGUGUGUUCUGUAUACAUGCCAUUAUUCAUACUCUUGUUCACCUCUAAAGCCGAAGACAGAGGCGAGAGGCCGUAUUUAUACCACAGUGGGUCGCAUUAGGUGCCACUUGAGCGCUCGCUUUCUCCUGCCAACUCCCCCCCCCCCAUUACAGCUGUACUCCUUGUUACAGAGUGUAAGAAAAGAUUUCCGAAGAGACGGGAUAAAAUGCAGGGUUCUGACUUCUUCUAUCUGUGCCAAGGCCGAGAACAUACACCCGGGCUGUGGACGGAGGCCGCGGGCGGUGGUCGGCAUCGGGAGAGGCAAAGGAGGAGCCGCGCCGGUCUUUCAACCCCGUGUUGACAUUCGUGAUCACCUGGUGGCCAUGGGCCCAUGAGCAGAUAAACCCAACGAACUUCCAGUAGCUUAGGUGGUGUCGCAUCACUGGUGAGUCCUUUCCGUGUUAGAUCACCGAGCAAGGGACUGAAACACGUACAUGUACAACCUACACCCCAGCAUUAUGCACUAUAGUUGCCCCUCCAGGCAAUCGAGGGAAAGUUUACGUGUCGGAAGUUUCAAUUAAGAACCCGGUUAUUAUGCGGGAACCUCUUUUUUUCACUUUCUCGGCUCGCCUGAAUACCAGUGGUGGUCACGGCUGAUUACGGCAUUAGUUGGUUGUUAGGCCGUCAUCAUCAUCAUCAUCGUCAUCUCCAGCAUAUCGGCAUCUGCUUCGGGCGACGAGCGGGACACGCUGAUAUUGCCCCCUUCAGGUUGGAAGACUGACCGCGGAGAGUGUUGGGUCCAGGUGGGCCGCGUCAGCCCCUUGAGGAUAUCAGACCGGUGGAAUCUCAAGGGGAGCCACUGAGUUUACUUACUUAACUCGCCGUUGACAACAUUGGGGAUGGUGUUUCAUGAAAACACCGGAGAUCACCUUGUGAUUACACCCGUGGAGCUCGAGGGUCGUUUAUGAAAAAUCACACCGCGCGCGUAUGGUGGGAUAGUUACUGAACUCGCAUUAUAUUUAUUAUAAAAGAAAGGACAAGCUACGGGUUGGUAGCUUGACUGUUCACGAGCUUUCUUUCUUUGGCUUUGCACAUUUUUGUUGGCACCUGGGAGGUUUAUUCAUCUCUGUGUGAGGUGUGUUUCAGUCAUCGUUCAGUUUCUCAGUGACUGGCUCUUUGUCAUCAUAAUAACCCCGUUAAACUGCCACACAAGAUCUCUUUCCGCGUGCAUUUAGGAAGUAGGUCAUCGACACACAGGCCCGCAAACGUUACUACACGCGACCGCGCCGCUUUAAGUCGUCUUCAAAUGUUGCCAGCACUGGCAGUGCAGCGAGUGAAGGAGCAAGAGUUAGUUGGCGGGGAUUUUCUUCAAGGCAAGUCGGCUGCCAACCUGAGCCGGAGUUUAUGUUGCUGCAUCUGCUUGAUAGCCGCGUAACAAGGACACCGGGUGACCUCCCCUGUCUACCAGUUGACUACUAUCGCAUUUCUGGACAUCUGCUUCAGUGAGACUUCACCCGAAUUCACAUUAAUCUGAGCGAGACCUGUCUCCGCUAACGUAUGUCUAUUAACCGGAGAGUGUAUUUAAAAUUGUAGCGAGUAGGCGUGUGUUUAACCUUCCAGUCCCCUAUGUAAGGCUUCGCCAAGCUAGAACCCCACACAACAAAUACCGUGAAAUUAUAAAGCCAGCGGACUGAACAUUGCACAUGUAUUGUAGACUGUGCACUGUACAUGUAAGCACUCAUUGCAUCCAUGUGCCGUCGUUGCUUCUUCCAUCAAAAGUUUCUUAAACUCGUCGAGUGUGUCUACUUGUCUUGAAGGCGUGUGAACUACCGGCAUGUUUUAUCAUUGACGGGUUCUGUAGUAGGGUUCACCCAACACGCCUCGCGUGAUCUUGCAUACGGUACAACUGCAGUGGGCCUACUCUAGCAUGAGAAUCUGUCCGGAGUUUCACCCGUCAAGCGCAGGUCUUCCGAUCGCAGAAACAAACCGCAAUAUUUACGCUGUGCCCGGUGUACCCUGUUGUAAUUUCUAGGCCAGGACUUGAUGAAGUGGAACCAGCCGUCUGAAUUCGCCGAAACACAUCAGCACCGAAGGAGACCUUUUUUUUCAACCUUACAACUGACGGAGCUAGCUUGAGAGGCAAUACUACCUUUAUUGAUUUGUGACGUAAGAAAAAAAAUCGCUGCAGCCUUGGAAACCAGCCAAAAGAGAGGGGGAAAGUUUGGUAGUUCAGAGUGUUGGAGGAUCAAGUGUAAUAAAAAGAGGAAAUUGGAGAAGAGUUCCUCACUUACGUAAAAGGCGGACCGUGAACUAUUUACUUCUUCAUCGCACAACGUUCGCCGUCGGAAAGACUGUGAAGGGUUAUAUAAGUGGGAGGUACAGUCGUCUCCUCAACUUGUUCUCCUCUCUCCUCCCAUUUAUUACCCGACCCGGUCUUCGUUGUCGGUAGGGGGCCUUGCUGAUUGGCAGAGGACGACUCAAUCUUGACGAGAGGGACUCGCUGAAGCUGUAACUAUGGCGAGCGAUGGGGGUACAUUGCUCAUACUUGUAUCACUCCUUGGGUGUCUGGAUGUCUCCGUUGGGGAGCUGCUGACAGAACUACCGUACCAAUGCUCCCCUAGCGGGCACCGGGUUUUGGGCAACCCGUUUCGCAGCGUCUCCUACUCGGCCACGGCGAUGUCUGGCAAACUCUGCGACAAGACGCUAGACCGCGGAUGGUACCGCUUUCAGAUUUUCGGCAAAUACGCCGAGAUGCCCACGGAAUGUGUCCAGGUGAGCCAGUGUGGUACGGAUGCGCCCAUGUGGUUAGACAUGGGAGGCAGGAACCAUCCACCACCAGGAGAAAGCGCCAGGCACGUAGCGUGCGCCGCAUGGGGUCUGGGUACCCAACGCUCCCAACAGGACUGCUGUCUGUAUUCGUUCCCCAUCACCGUCACCAACUGUGUGGACUUCUUUGUUUAUAACCUACUGCCGGCACGAGGUUGCAAUAUGGCCUAUUGUGCAAUGGAGGGAAGAGAGAAAUGUGUGCCAGGGCAGAUUUCCCCUGACGGGUUCGCCCCGUGUAGAGAGAGUUUCCCGGCUAUUUUGGGCCUACCGAUCGUCACCCCGGUGCUCUUUGAGGACGUGCUGCUCAAGUGUACCUUUCAAGGCCUGGACUCGGGCCAGACCUCACUCAAGGGCUACACUGUGUCAUGGUACAAGGCAGAUAGCAUCAAUUCUUUUCAGAAAGUCUGGUCAGAAGAUACCUUUGACAACUUUGUGUUCAUCAACCCAAGGGAUCAUUUCCAUAUGGGAGACAAGAUAUUUUGUUCUGUUCAAGCUUUCUUUAAUGAGACAAGAGAACUCAAAAGCCCAGCAGUAGACAGUGAUCCAUUUGAAGCUACAAUUAAGGUUUCCCCAAUGAGCAUGGAGAUCAUGGAGAAUGGCCAACCACACUUCUUGAUGUUUGAGAGCACCAUGCCCAUAAUGUGUGCAGACAAGGUUGCACCCUGCUCCAUCAGGGUAGCACUAACCACCAUCAACAAUGAAUUUCACCUUGGACCUGAUGUUGUCCUGUCAGAAUGUUUCAUUGACUUUCGGUCGCGGGUCUGCCUGGAACCGCGAUGCCGACGGGCUUCUGUGCUCGUCACUGCAGUAACAGACUUCACACGCGACGGGAGGCGGACCAGCACCAUCGUGACUGGAGCAAUCACCAGCACUGACCCUUUCUGGGAUGGAUUUGACCCAGCAGAUGUAGAGGUUACAGUGCAGGACGUCCAAACUGCACAGUGCUAUGCCUUCACCGAACCACAUUUCAUCACGUUUGACAGAAAGAAAUAUGACUUCUACAAGACUGGGACGUAUGUUCUGGUCAAGAGUCGGGUCAGAGAAUUUGAGGUUCAUAACAGAAUCUGGAACUGCGGAGGCUCAUCAGACCAGGUGUCUUGUAACUGCGGCUUUGUCGCCAGGGAAGACAACGACGUCAUCUCUGUCGACAUGUGUGAUGGCAGCGUCUUUGAGACGAUAGCAGAGGUCAAGAUCAGGAGUCCCUUACCCUUGUCGGACGGGGUCAAGGUGAAGGAGGCAAGGAAUGGAAGCAAAAUAACGAUUGAAUUCCCGUCUGGUGGCUUUGUCCGUGCCGACAUCGCUGACUGGGGGAUGAGCAUCACUGUGCAGGCGCCCUCUGUUGACUUCAACCAAACGCUUGGCUUGUGUGGAACGUUUGACGGCAAUCCUGACAACGACUUCCACGACACCCUCGGAGAAACGAUGAACAUGGUCAUGAAGCACAGGCAGGCUAAUGAAUUUGUGGAACAGUGGAGGUUACGUGAUGGAGGGAUGUUCAAUUCGGUUCCUACCACCGUUCCAUUCCCUCUCCAGCUUCCGUCUUGUUCCUGCUCCCUGUCGAUGCUCGCUGGCGCCAACAGCCUCUUUCCCUCAGAGGAUCUGGAAUGCAUUGACAGCAUCAACUGCGUGAGACUGUGCACGGGGAAUGAGGGUGUGUCCAGGACAGACAUUGUUCAGUCGCUGGACAUGACCUCCAUGUACAACAACGUUGUCACGUUUCCUUGGGAACCGCGAGUCAAGCGGGCAGACACUGAAAUCGAAAGACUCCCCAAAACCGUUGCCACUGAUGCUCAUCAGGACUCUACUCAGGAGCACAAGAUUACAAAACGGUUCACUGAUUUCCUGGACCUUGGUGGUGAUCCCAACUUUGGUGACUUCGGACCAGAAUCCCCCCUCUUUAUUCCUGACGAUGGUAACUUCGGCUCACCCCUGAUUGAUACUUACUUCUUCUACCCAGACCACGUCCCCACUGACCUCGAAGCGGUCGUUACCAAGUGGCCCACUACCACUGGCAUCACAGAACAACAAGCGCUUGAGAUUUGCGAGAGAACUAUACGCAACUCCUCACUAGGACUAGCUUGUGGCAUGGACACGCUGAGGACCGACAUGUUCAUCCAAGAUGCAAUCGAAGUGUGCCUUGGUGACAUACAAAUGACGGACAAUAUAUUCUGGAGCGACCAUGCCAUCCCGCUGCUGGAAAACCAGUGCGAGGCGGCCGUGGUCAGCGACAGGACGCUGUGGAAGUUGAAUGUUCUAGAACUUCAAAUGGAUAUGGUUCCACCAGAGAAUAUCGUCAGGGCCCUGAACUGCCCCAAGAAUUGCAGCGGGAACGGAGUCUGCUCUAAGCUGGGCUGUGUGUGUGAAGCUGGGUACUCCUCCCAUGACUGUAGCCAGUCUAAUGUUGAUAUUCCGGAGAUACUCCGACUGGAGAACAAUGGCCUGUGUGACUGGCGUUCACGGAGCUGUCGCCGUGUCAGGGUCACUGCCAGAGAGUUCCAGGAAGGACGAGCGAUGGAAUGCCACUUGACCAGACUAGAAAGCUCUGGUGUUGAAAGGGCUGUCUUUCAGAGCUCAGCAACUUAUAUAAACAGGCGGUCUGCACUAUGCCAUCUGCCGUCAGUCUCAGGUGGUGGAACGGUGGAUAAGUCCGUGACACGGUGGGAAAUAAAGAUGUCUUACAGAGACUCACAGAUGAGCUCCGAGUUGCUGUUCACUGUCUACGAUUCGCACUGCCAACAAUGCGACUGGACAGGAUCAUGUGAAUUGAAGGAAGGUGCAUGCUUGAUAGACUCCUUGUGCUACCAGCGAGGUCAAGUCAAGCCUGAGGAUCAGUGUAUGCAAUGCAUUCCGGAUCAAAGCGUGGAUGAGUGGUCUCCUAACACUGAAAACCAACCACCAGUUCCUGAAGACGCCCCUCCGUUGACGUUCUUUGUGGGCGACACCAUCAAAUACCAGAUCUUGGCCACAGACCCUGAAGGAGGGGAAGUCUUGUAUGCCGUGGAAGCCCAGGAUAAUACCAGCGAUGCUGUUGUGUCACCCGAUGGAACAUUCACAUGGCAAGCGACAAGUCAAGGGGAUUAUUCCUUUGCUGUCGUGAUAACCGAUGACUGUGGUGCUUCGGCAUUGUCCAUUUUACAGGUGCGAGUGGUGCUUUGCGGUUGUCUAAAUGGCGGUCAGUGUGUGAUACCGACAUCCAGGGACUCGGACAGUGAUACGACCAAUGAGGCUGACCUGCCCCGUUAUAUCUGCGACUGCCCACCGCAGUACUCCGGCACUCUGUGCGAGGUUUCCACUGAGGGUUGUGUAUCCAAUCCAUGUGUUCAUGGUCGGUGUGUGGAGGAAAAUGCCGUCUACUCCUGUCAGUGUGAUGAGGGAUAUACUGAUUCAAUAUGCUCGACUCCUGCUGACCCCUGCGACUCCCAGCCUUGCUACCCAGGGGUAGCCUGUCUGACAGAAGACAGCCCCUCAGGCCCAGUCUUCACCUGUGGGGAGUGCCCCGGUGGAUACACUGGCAAUGGCAUCCACUGUGAAGAAAUAGCUCCCUCUCGUUGUCGUUGGGGCUGCCCAAGGCGCAUGACCUGUGACCCCUCCAGGGGUUGUGUCUGCCGAGAGGGCUAUGCAGGAUACCGCUGUCACCAGGGACCUAAUCAACACGUGAACCUGAUAAUUACGAUCCCCUGUCUUGCAGCACAGUGCGAACCCGAGUGCCAAAAUGGAGGCCGUUGCGUCCUGCCCAAUGUGUGCACAUGCAAGUAUGGCUACUUUGGGCCACGCUGCCAGAUUUUGACAUGCACUGUGAACUGUGCCAACGGGGGAUAUUGCAUCACGCCAAAUACCUGUAAAUGUCCACUAGGAUACUCAGGACCAACGUGUAAACUUGCUGUGUGUAAGCCUUCCUGUAGGAAUGGAGGAAGAUGUGCUCGUCCAGACAACUGUGUAUGUCUACGAGGGUUCCAAGGUGCACAGUGCCAAACAGCUAUCUGCAAUCCCUCUUGCCGAAACGGGGGCACUUGUGUACGGCCCAACAUGUGUGCGUGUCCUGUAGGCUACACAGGAACCAACUGUGCUAUUGCGACCUGUGAACCCCGAUGUCUAAACGGUGGACGCUGCGUCAAGCCAAAUAAAUGUUCCUGUCCCUCAGGUUACAGAGGGAGAAAGUGCCAUAAAGCUAUCUGCGUGUCAGGUUGCCGCAACGGUGGUGAAUGCGUCAAGCCCAAUGUCUGCAUGUGCAAGACGGGCUAUACAGGGUCCAACUGCCAAACACCUGUCUGCAGAAGCCAAUGCAUGUAUGGUGGCCGAUGUAUAGCACCAGAUUUGUGUCAGUGUAGGCCAGGUCAUACGGGAACCUACUGCCAAGAAAAAACAACCCAUUCAAGAUACAAACGAGAGACUGAUGAUGUGUGAGCCUCUUGAGCUGCAUGCCGUUCUGCCUCUAGCAAUCGUUACCCAGCCAAAGUGUAAUAAGAAAAUAUAAAAAAGCCCGCAAAAUUGAGUGUGAAACCAGAAAGAAUGUACGUGUACAUAUUCCAAAUCACUGUAUAGUGCAAGGUUAUGCGUGCUAUGUGUGUAUAUCUGAUCUGUGAGGUACACUAAUCUCUAGAAAUAACACAUGUAAAUUGAAUAAGUAUAUGCUCCACAAACAUUGCACAUGGUAGUGACAACUUAUUGUAAGAAAUCAAUGUGUAUCCACAUGCCCGAGCAGCCAUCUGAAUAGGUCAGAUGUGAUCACUUGCAAAUUUGUCUAUUCAUGUAGCGUAGGUUAGAGCAGUUCCGUUCGGUUUUGUAUAACAGAUCCACGAAACCAGUGUAAUGAAAAGUGAAUGUCAGAUACAGCAUUAUCUGAAUCAAGUAAUUUCUAACAUUUGAUUGACACUAACAAAGUGUGAAAUAAAAACUGUUUAUUUUGAGGAUUGUAUUCCAGAUGGGAAUGUGCAAAGCUGAGCCAGCAAAGUUAAUGUUCUUAGACAAUCUAACAAAGUAACUUCCAAGAGGGAACUGAACUAGCAAUAGAGUCUGCAAGGGCUUCAGCACAGAUGUUAUUUAUUAAGAACAAUUCUCCCUGUCUGUGAAAUGUAGUGACUGUAUUCUUAUCAUAGCUUUUCUUGAAUAACCAAACGACAGUUGGAGCUGUAUGUUAAAUCUCGAAAACAUUGGACCACUCUUCUCUCGUGGUUGAUAGUGUGUUAUCUAGUGUUUAUAUUCUCUCUUAUUCCUUGUACAUAUUGUGUAAUGUGAACAAUGAAAUACUUGGGUUGUAUUAUCAAGCAAAUAUAUUUUAACGCUAACUAUUUUUUAUUAUUAUGUUACUAAUGAUACAACUGCGUGUGUUACUGCGAGCUGUUAAGAUAUUUCCGUGAUAAUCAAAUGUCGAAAGGCAAUCGUGUAAAUUUGAAGUUUUCUGUUGUAUGUGUACUAUGAAAGGAAAUGAUAAGGUUUGGUUUACAUUGAUGGAACAGAGGAAUCCAAUUUUGCCUUAUUUUGGAAUUCUAAAGAAUUUGAAUUCUAAAGAGAUGAGGUACUUUUCUGGUAAGCCAUUCGAAAUUUCUGUCAUGUGACGGCUUGGGGAAAUGCUGACAUAAGUAUUUUUAUUUGGUCAAAACAGUGUGUGUGAUGGACAUGACACUUGCACUGCAUUUCUACAGCCAAUGUGGCUGAGAUUUUGCUAAAGAGUGACUCCCAAAAUUGGGCAGGAUGGGUCUACAAGUCACUACAAGUGACAGCAGUGCAUCUUACCAUGCAGGCAGAAAUGAAACAUAUCCACCAGAUGCCUCUGGACUAUUUUCACCCUCAAAUCAGCAAGUACCAGGAGGGUAUGCAGUGAUAACAAUUGAGUAUCACGCUGAACAGCGAGGCAAUAGCACUGUCAACUUGUGUACAGCUUAUUACACUUUUAGAUGCAUUGAAUUUUGAAAUGAUAGAUUUUAAGUAUGUGUAAUUAAAUUACAAUUAGUAUAUACAUCACAACAGUAGUUCCUUUGGUCCGUCUAUAUAUUUAGUCAUUUAAUAUUUUAAAUUAAAUAAUUGCUCUUUCUGGAGGUGCUAACACAUUAAUAUUUAUUAUUUUUUAUACUUCUAUGUUACCUAUGUGUUUGUGCUGUUAUUUUUAACCAAAAUAAGUGUCUUUCAGUAUGUGAAAUUUCACAUUUGUUGCACCAAUGAAAAUAAACUUCAUUGAUAUCUGUUCAAUACUGUGGUACCGAGUCUGAACUUUGUAUUUAUGCCAGUGGAUUCUUGAAAAUUAUAUUUGUUGAAAUCUGUUUUUAAGACGCUGUUAACCUAUUUGGGGAAAAUGUAUUUAGUAAAAUACACAUUUUAUCACGUCAUAUUUUAUUAUAUGUCAUCAUAAAAUUGUGAGGUCAUCAUGUCACAUGAAUACGAAGUUUAAAAAAGUAAAUACAUAUUGAUUGUCGUGAUAUAGUAAUUUCAUUACAAUUACUCUCUACAAUUUCAAAUUAUUUCACUGAUGCAUGCAAACCACAUGCAAAUAUUUGAAACAGUGGAGUGACAACUCAUGGUGCGACCAGAAGAAUUUGGGAGUUUUUGGUGCUUGGUGCAGUUUGAAGAUGCCAAAAAGGCAGAACUCUUGAAAUAAGACUCCCUUAGGUGUUUGCUGUUGGUCUUCCGAUACUUGAAGGUAAAACUGUGAUUGGAUAACUCAACAUAAUUAUACUUUCAAGGAAUGCAAAUCGGAACUGA